UGGAACUCGUGCCCACAAUGCUACUCUGCCUUGGACAACAAGUCGCGAGUCGACGAGCGCCUCGUGCCUUUUAAGAACCCACCCAAAUCUCCACCUUCACUGCCGUCGUUUCCUGCUUCCUCAGCUCCCUCUCAAUUUGCGGAAAUGUUCCUCACCAGGACCGAGUAUGAUCGUGGCGUCAACACUUUCUCCCCGGAGGGGAGGUUGUUCCAGGUCGAGUACGCCAUCGAGGCCAUCAAGUUGGGUUCUACCGCCAUUGGAUUGAGGACGAAGGAAGGCGUAGUGCUUGCCGUCGAGAAGCGCGUGACCUCACCCUUGCUGGAACCAAGCAGUGUUGAGAAGAUUAUGGAGAUUGACGAACACAUAGGCUGUGCAAUGAGUGGAUUGAUAGCUGAUGCACGAACUCUUGUAGAACAUGGUCGUGUUGAGACUCAGAAUCACAGGUUUUCCUAUGGUGAAGCAAUGACUGUUGAGUCAACUACCCAAGCACUAUGUGAUCUGGCGCUUCGAUUUGGAGAAGGUGAUGAAGAAUCAAUGUCACGGCCAUUUGGGGUGUCUCUUCUGAUUGCUGGUCAUGAUGAGCAUGGACCUAGCUUGUACUAUACUGAUCCAUCUGGCACAUUCUGGCAAUGCAAUGCAAAAGCAAUAGGAUCUGGAUCCGAAGGAGCUGAUAGUUCUCUUCAAGAGCAAUACAACAAGGACCUGUCCCUUCUGGAAGCUGAAACUAUAGCUCUUUCCAUCCUGAAACAAGUCAUGGAAGAAAAGGUAACCCCUAAUAAUGUUGACAUUGCAAAGGUGGCUCCUACUUACCAUCUAUAUACACCUGCCGAGGUUAAAGAUGUCAUUUCUCGCCUCUGAUCGGAGACUUGGAGAGGAAAUACUACAAGUGUUCAAGUCAAUGUCACAUUUAAAUGCGAUAUUGUUGGAUAUUGUUGGAGAAUUGCUAGUCCAGUUUAUGCGGCGAAGAUUGUGAAUGAGGAAGUGGACUGUGUUUAACUAGCCCUUUUUGGUUCUCAUACCUCAAAGAGGUUGAGGGUAUUAGGGUUUAGGGUUAUGUUAGGUUGUUGAUUAUGUUAUGCGAAUAUUCUAUGAAUCUAUCGAUUAAAUUAUUAUGCUACAGAAAGAACAA